CGGCCAGUGUACAGGCAUUCAUGUGACUCGAAGUUAAACAAGCAUUGCCUACCAGCAUAUUAACACUUAAGUGAACGCUCUGCACUGAAAUUGACAGUAUUUGUUGAAUACUUACAGCUUUGCUCUGAAUACAGGAAGUCCUCGAGUUACGACGCACUCGACCUACGACGUUUCGACUUUACGACGCCCGCGCCUCGUUCACCAUUUUGUCCCAGCACCAUAGUGUUUCUGCUUAGCUAGUGCAUAGUGCUUGUCUGUGUUUGUGCGGCGGGAGUAUCUUUGCAUUUUUCGCCCGCCUUUUUUCACACUCUCAGCAGUACUGGGUCUUGUAGGCCGUGGCACAGAGGAUGAAAACCUCAUUGGGGAAGCUAGGGGCAGCAGAUGUGACUAAAAAGCUGGUGUUUAAGGUCCAACCAUGACAUCUAAAUUAGAUAAUCCUCCACCCUAUGAAGACGCACUGCAACAUCCCAAGUACGAGCCCUACCACCUGCAGCAUGGUUCAGCUGACCCGCUGCCUCCAUCCUACAGUCCUGGCCCUGACAUGUACGCCGGCCCUCCUGGCUACUGGAGCCAGGCCGGCAUGCGGGCAGCGCCUGGCCUCUCUCCAUCUGGGAUGCCCACCACAAUACCCACUCUGUCCGCCGGGGUGUCCGCAAUCAACCCAAGAGAAAUGGAGGGUUUUCUGAGCUCGCAGUGGGAGAGUACAUCUGUUCGACAUGCUUUCAUCAGAAAGGUGUACUUAAUUUUAGCAGCUCAGCUCACUGUUACCUUUUCGGUUGUGGCAAUCUUUACAUUUGUAGAUCCUGUGAAGAUGUUUGUCAUCAGGUAUCCUGGAAUCUACUGGGCAUCCCUGGUGGUUUACUUCAUGGUUUACUGCAUUCUCAUCUGCUGUAAAGAGCCAAGGAGGCGCUUUCCAUGGAAUCUAGUGUUGCUGGGAGUAUUUACUGUUGCCCUGUCUUACAUGUCUGGAACAAUCUCAAGCUAUUACGAAACAAAAGCAGUCUUUCUUGCCAUGGGAAUAACAGCCUUAGUUUGUGUAACUGCCACAGUCUUCUGCUUUCAAACCAAGGUUGACUUCACUUCCUGUGGGGGAUUUCUCUGUAUUGCUGCCAUUCUGCUCCUCAUCAUCGGGACUGUGACAGCUAUCGUGCUCUCCUUCCACUACGUGCCUUGGCUUCAUAUGCUCUAUGCUGCCAUUGGAGCCAUCGUUUACACCUUGUUUUUAGUAUACAACACGCAGCUUCUCAUCGGAAACCGGGAGUUGGCGAUAAGCCCAGAAGAGUACGUUUACGGAGCAUUGUCUCUCUACAUUGACAUUGUUCACAUUUUCCUCUUCAUCCUCCAAAUUAGUGGUUCUGCUGCUGAAUAAGCUCUGGAAAGAGCUCAACACGCCCCCCUGGAGUUUGGACUGACAUUAUAUUGUAAAGAAUAGCUUAACUAUUGUAAAGAAUGUUCCAUUGGUAGGAGUAAAUGUUUUGUUGUCCUCCCUGUUUUGCCGCCAACACUUGUGCACUUUAGGUAAUUGCUUUUCUAUAUGAAGUGAGACAGCUGACACUUGUUGUAGAAACCAAAAACUUCCAUAUGUUUGCUGGUAUUUCUUCCCUAAUUUAUUAUGAGAAAAAUCAUAGGAGAACCAAAUGAAUACAAAGAGUCAGCUUUAUGGUGUGAAAAAUAUUUUUAUGAGCCAUGAUUUGAUCUUUUCAUUUGAUUAAAAAAAACACUCACCUAGUUACAGACAUACUGUAGGAGACCACGAUGGUUAGUUGGAGGUAGUUAGAACUUGAGACAGGUAGUCAUAGUAUCCUCUUAAGAGAUGCUGACAAGUUGACUAGUGCAACUUUCCAACCUAACUUGAAUGCAGACCUCCUCCCUUUCAACUGUUAUUUGUUGUUAGACAUCUGUUCACAACAAUCAAUAAAGUUCCCUACUGUU